AUGGCGACGUCAUUCCGAACCGAGCAAUUACCGAUUGACAUCCUCGGUGCCCUUUGGAUCGAAGCCUCCCCUCCGCGCGGGGGCAACCACUAUUUAGUUACCGCAAAAACCAACGUCGUCGUUCGCGGUACUCGCAUUUCCAUCAUUCCAAUGCAUAUAGUCGAAGACGCUAUUCAUCCGAGGUUGAGUAUAGGACAAAAAUUCGUUGUCGACGCUUCUCUCGCAAGUAAUUUCGACGGCAAUCACCUAUUGUCGGUUGUUAAUAGGGCCGUGUUGCACUAUAAGCAUGAUGAACCUACAUUUUAUUCACAAUUCGACGUCACUCGCGUUAAGUCACAAGGCCAAGUGCUGCACUGCUCCAGCUCUCCGCUCACUGCCGCUACCGACAGUCGCUGCUUUCUAUUAGUUUUGCAUCGCCAAUGGCACGUCAAUAAUCGACGUGCAACGCAGUUUAUAGUUGGUUAUAUUGUUCCUGAAGACAUGCUCCCCGCUGCAACAGAGUUGAUCAGAACAGUCGGUGCAAUCGUGGAUUUUCAGGGAAUAUUGAGCGGUUAUUGCCAUGUCAGGAAGUGUUUCAUUGUUACACGGCACGAUUUCCAUGUGAUUUACCUUUUGAAACCACAUAUCACAGACUAUCUCAGUAUCGACGCUCUCAAUGUGGGAAAUGUCAUUAGCUUACGCGGUGUUGUCGUUGCACAUCAGCAAGCUACGAACACAUGGGAAAUCGAGGUGUCGGAAGUGCAGAUGAUUCAAGUUCAGCCAGCUGUUAGAGAAAGCAGGCGACAAAGAGGUCUCGCCCCUCUUCCAUUACUACCGAAAUACACCAAGCAUCGAGUCCAAGUUCACGCUGUCGCAGUACAAAGCAUUAAUGAGAGUCGCCCAUAA